AUGAAAGCCGCGUUUGAACGAAGAAUGGAGCUUACACCGAUUCUUAGCACAAAUGUUCGCGUGUUAGAGGCUGUGUUAGUGAAUGCCAACAGUACAACUCGUUUGGAACUAUUUCACACUAUGGAACAAGAUGGAUCAUUGGACUCCUUGACUCAAUGGUCCUUCGGACUCGCUCAAAAUCGCCAUAGCGUAUGGCAGGCAGGUGAGCCGUCAUCAAGUGAGGCAGCAAAACGUUUCCACGUAUUUGCGUUUCCGGUGCUGCGCAUAUUUGCCUCGUAUAUCAAAACUUGUAACGAACUUAUUGGCGGUGCGCACAAGAGCGUAACUCCUCACGAACCUGGAGACGCUAAGAAUCCAGCUCAUCUCAGUCCACGUACAAUAGAGGUAACUUUUCUUUUAUUGGUUCCAAUGAAUGUAGUGAAUGAAUAUGAGAAAUGA